CAGAACAUGGUAGAGGGGUAGGGAAGUGAAACGGAAGAGGAGAGUCAGCAAAGGGCAUAUUCUCGGGCCUGUCUGCACUGUGGGCAGCGGAAGCCAAAACCCACAGGGAACUCUGAGAGCCCGUGUGGGACCAGAGCGUCUGAGCCGUCCCGUUACUGGAGACCAAGUGGGGUGUGGGUACUCCUCCCACCAGCCGGCAGUUGAGGGCUGGUGAUUCCGUGGCACUUGUGGCCUCUAACGUGGCAAAGGAUGCUUGAGCGAGACGUGCAGGUGCUAGCAGGGGGAGGGCUGAAGCGUGCACUGAGUGGUCAGGGUGGGGGACCCAAGUAGGGCACCCACAGUGUCAGCUAUGCACAGCGAGGUUGCAAGGGAUGCUCGAUAUCCUCCCGACGGCCCCUUGAAGGGACAGGCAGGGGUCAGCUCCCAACCUGCAGCCGUGUCCACCCCCUGCGCCCUGGUCCGAUCGCUCCCAGAAGCGGGGUCAGACAGCCUGGAGGCAGCUGUGAGGCCAAGGGGUGAGCACUUGACUCGGAGUCCACUGACCCAAUUUGGAACCCAACCCUGCUGCUUACUGCCUAGAGACCUUGUGCAAGUGUGUCAUCUCUUCCAAGUCCAGUCCGUUCUCUGGUCACUUAACGACACUCGCUGGGUGCCCACUGAAUAUGUGACCUUGAGUGUGCUGGGCCCUGAGGGUACAGCUGAGGACCCAGGCAGCCCUGCCCUCUGGGGCUCACAGGCCUGGACCUCAUGGACGUCACACUCCAGGAAGACGAUUCAGAGUGGCAGAGGAAGCUGAAGAGAGAGGUUGAGAAGCACAAGCUUUUUGAAGACUAUCUGAUUAAGGUCCUUGAGAUAAUCCCCAAGGGCCACAACGAAGGGGAGGAGCCAGAGGCGGUCCUGGUGGAGACCAUGGUGGAACACUACGGGCAGCUCUUCACUAUCAGCCAGGACAUCCAGAAGCAUCUGGAGGCCCUCUCCGAGAUGAACCGGGUCGUCCACCAGAGGCUGGAGUCUCUAGAGGAGAGCCACAGGGCUCUUAUCCCGGGCCUCAAGAUUCGGCUGUGUCAGCUGCAGAAGCGAUGUCAUCACGAGCAGAAGCAGUGGGGGCAGCUGGGACACCAUGUCACCUCCCAGAAGGACAUGGACAGCUAUAAUAUGCGAAGCAAGGCUGCCACCGCUGGCCACAGCCCUGAGGACCAGAAGUCUAGGACUCCGGUGCUGCCCAGAGUGACGAGCUCCAGGUUCCUCCAUGACCCUUCCCGGGCCCUGCCCCAGACUCAGCUGCUGCACUACAUGCACGUGGCCAUCAACAACAUGGUCCGGCAGUGCUCCCCCUCCACCCACAGCGUGCCCAAGAGCAUGGACCUCUUCUCGAAGCUCGACCUGAUUCAGGAAUUUAUGUUGGACAAAAUGGAGACAGUGAGAUUUAUCUCACUGCUCAUGGAACCCAGAGUAUGCUGGUCAGGGGACAGUCUCAGGAACCCCAGAAGAUACCCCAGAUCCUUCAGGAAAUGCCCAAGAGAUCAAGAUUUGGUCCCCAGAGCUCCCCUUCCAGGCACCCAGACUUCAGAGUACUCCAGCUUGAAGUGAGCCAGCGCCCAUGCUCGCCCUGCCCGCAUCAUGACCCUCUUCCUACCUAUCCAGCCUUCUUUUCUCACCACAGCGCCCCCAAGUGGGCGGGAGCCAACCUGGGGGUAGGGGCGCUGUUCCCUGUCCCGGGGGAUUAGCAGGCGUGGAGGCUGGGACUGGCGAAGAGAGAGAGGGGUUCCCGGUUUGAAGGCAGCCGUCAGGUGGAAGGUCCCAGAUUGGAGGCCGCAAGCUCACCGCCAUCGGUGGGUUUGUCUAAGAAGAGCUCUGGAUAGGUGCCUAGCUUUUAGGAACAUCCGAAUCACAGGAACUCUCGUACAGAGCCACCCAGGGCCGUAGGAUGCAUGGGAGCUGGCUUCGCCCGCAGCAGACAAGGGAGCGUGGCAGACUGGGGGUACUGAAUCUGUCUAUCAGGGGCAUCUUGUCUCUGCUUCUCAGAAGCCGA